GUGGCGUACUGCGGGGAGGGGGCGGGGCCGCCGGCCGCGUGGGGCGAGAGGGGCGCGGGCCGCCGGGUGCAGAUAUGGAGGUGGUGGCGCAGAUGGAGGCCCUGGCCUUUGAGCCCGGUACCGCCGGCACCGCGCCGGGCGCGGAGGGGGAGCCGGGCGCGGAGGGGGAGCCGGGCGCGGAGCGGGAGCCGGGCGCGGAGCGGGAGCCGGGCGCGGAGCGGGAGCCGGGCGCGGAGCAAGGGUCGAGCAUGGAGGGGGCGCUGAGCCCUUCGAGUCCCCGGGGGGGCACUGGGGAAGCCCAGGCCCCACCACCCCCAGCCGAGGGAGCGGGCAGCCCGCCGCCGCCUGCGAGCCCCAGUGGGCCUCCUGCCGCCGCCCCUUCGUCGGACUCGGACAGUGAUUCGGAUUCAGAUAGUUCAUCAACUACAUCCUCCUCUUCGUCUUCUCCUUCAACAGUAUCUGAUGAUGAUCAUCAUCCAAAUGAGAAGGAUAACAGGUCUUACUGUGUUAAAACAAAAGAUGAGUUGCCUAUUGAUGAACUACCUCCUGUUGAAGACUUAACAAUAAUUCUGCCUGAUGAUGUUGAACUGAAGCUCUUUGGGACAGUUUCCAGCAUCAUUGAGCAGCUAGUAAUAAUUGAAUCACUGAGAGGCCUACCUCCAAUAAAUGAGGAAAGUAUAAUUUUUAAAGAAGAUCGGCAAGCAGCAGGAAAGAUAUUUGAGAUAUUUGGUCCUGUUUUACAUCCCUUUUAUGUGUUAAGAUUUAACAGCUCUGAGCAUAUCAAAGCAAAAGGUAUUAAUGUGCAAGAUAGCAUGUAUUUUGCUCCAUCAGUGGAGGACUUCACCCAGUAUAUAUUUGCAGAGAAACUAAAACAGGAAAAAGGUUCAGAUGCAUCUUGGAAGAAUGACCAAGAGCCACCACCUGAAGCCUUGGAUUUCAGUGAUGAUGAAAAAGAGAGAGAAGCAAAACAGAAGAAAAAGAAGCCUCAGAGUCAAGGAAGGAAGAAACUCAAAUCAGAAACUAAUGCAUCAAGUGAGAAUAAAGGACUUCCUCAGUCAAUGCAACCUCCUGCUUCAAGUUAUUCAAGGGGAUACCGUGGCAGAGGGUUCUCCAGGGAUCCAUUUCCUCCUCCAUCAGGCCCUCCAGGUUUUUUGAGACCACAAGUAAGACCACCACAGCUGUACUCUUCGGACAACAGAAUCCAUCAGGAGUCUCCAGUGUUUCCACAGCCUCAUAGAAAAGAAAAUCCAAUAACGCAACAGUAUCCCUUUCCUCCUCCAGUUUUUGGUUCUGUUAAUGAGAUGCAUCAGUUCCACCUUCCACCUUCAAAUCUGAAUAUGAUUUGGACAGGCCCAAACAUGUACAACUCAUACCCCUUUUUGCCACCGCCACCUCCUCCGCCGCCUCCUCCACCUCCUCCAGAUAGCCACCCUUCUCAGUUCAGGCCUUACUAAAUUUCCGUAAAUGUGCAUACAGAGGAUUGCAGUUUAAAGGGAGGAAGAACAGGCUGCUAAGACUAUAUUCCCUUAUUUUGGAGACGCUUCAUUUUUCUGCAGCGAUAGAAGGGAUGGUUACAUGCUCUGUGGGACACCCAUAGAAAACUUAUUUUUCUAUAUAUGUUUUCUGUUUCAAAAAAAAGAAAACUAUGAUAAAAAUAACUGAAUAUUAAAUAAUGGUUUAUUUUUAUAAUAUCUACUAUUUUGAGAUGAUAAAUAAAAACUUUUUGGAGACUGG